ACUGCUCUCGCACUGUGGAAAAACACAGUGGAAAUCUGUUACACUGCAUUUUACACGGUAAGACAUCGAUAUUUUCUUGUAAUGUCGUAUUAGAAAUCGCGACAACUUUUGUAAACAACUAACAGGGCGUUUAAUACAACACUGAAACAAUAACGCUUGGGUUUUAGCGCCUUUAACCUUUGUGAUAACGUUUGUAGACCGUUCACUACUUAGUCCUCUGUUUGCGGUAUCUAUUAGUGACAAACACUCAGGUGCGUUACGAAGAAACAACUACAAAAUGUUUAGUACCUCAGUGUUUUCUGGUAAAUGCCAAGGUGAACAUCACGUAGAACAAUGUCUGUUUGCCACAAAGUGACUGUUUAGGAAAGCAGGAGUGGAGGAGACGCGUUUGUACAAGAUGCUCUUCUGCUAUGUGAGAAUGACUGACAGUUUACAGGGAUCAUAACGUUUUUCAUGUGGAAAACCAGGAUGACCUAGCACAGAUCCUUGAAGAUGAGACAGAUCUGUAAGUGAAGUAACAAGAUGAGUGGAAAUCAUAGACGGAUAGAAAUGGACCUGGCUAUAGGAUCAUCAUCAAAGCCUUAUGGGUCAUCCAGGAGUAUUGUCAGAAGAAUUGCCACAAAUCUUCCCUUAGCACCCUGCCCUCGUGUCCAUUUUCAGCUUCAUCCAUUCGCUGCAGGAGCGAGUUUCCUCAACAAUUCAAAUGGGCUUGUGGCCACACUCGCUGAUGUGGGCUGGAUGGACAGAGAAGAGAGCGAUGGUGCUGGCAGGAAUAGGUUUGAGGCGGAUUCGGGGUUGUUUUUUCGCACCCAGCAGUGCAGACCCCUGAGACGUCGGCGGUCGUUACCCAGCUUGCACCAGGCUGAACCUGCGCCACAGAGUCAGACGAUCAUCAACGAUGAAGCCAUUCAGAAGAUCAGUGCUCUGGAAACUGAGCUGGCCAAACUUAGAGCUCAAAUUGCACAGAUCGUUCAGGCACAGGAGCAAAGUGCUCAGUCCACAGCUCCAGCGCCAGGUGGUCCCCCCGUACCCCAAGCUCCACCAAUGACUCCAGUUCCACCUCCGCCACCUCCUCCGUGUCCCGCCCCUGGCAUGCAGAGAAGCUAUUCUGCCAUUGACCUCAUCCGAGAGCGCCGUGGGAAAAAGGCAGAGCAGAAGACAGUACUGGACUCGGCACCUAAAAAGCCAGAGCUUCCCAACAUGCUAGACGUACUGAAAGACAUGGGGAAAGUGAAGCUGCGCUCCGUUAAGAGUCAUCAAGAGGGCACGAAACCAAAACCUGUUGAGCCCACAGAUGCUGCAGCAUUAAUCGCAGAGGCCCUGAAACGCAAGUUCGCUCACCGUUACCGGAGCGACAGUGAAUGUGAUGGCAACUUUAACUUGCCAGCCCCUGAGAAUAAGACCCACGUAGAAACACCACUGUUUGGCCAACAUAUGUUAAAGUCAACUGGAAGGAGGAAACUGUGCUAGGAUGGAGCUACUCAUCUGAGCAGGUUAAUGUAGUUAACCUGCUAACUUUUCUUGUUAGCCCUCAAAAUGUUGUUAGUGUUCUUUUAGGUGAGCAUGCAAAUGCCAAACACUAUGCAGUCAGUCUGGUUUCCCAAUUGAAUAUCUAUGUAAUUUGCACUUUGAAAAGUUCAUCUCCAUCAGUACAUCUCGUACCACAGCCAGUUCCAUCAUUAAUGCCAGUUACCUGAGAAAUUUGUUCUUUUUGUUUGGUUUUAUGUAUGAUUUUAUAAGUGGAUUUAUUUGGGUCUGUUGAAGGUCAACAGUGCAAGUAUUCGACCUUGUUAGAUUCCUCUCAUUUGAAGGGAUAACGUUAAACAAAAACACCAAAGUGUAUGGAUUGUUCUUUAUCAGUAGUUUUAGGUGUAUUUUUAACACCUAUUUGCACAGAAGUUGUGUCUGCUUCAAAGGUACAAUUAAUAGUUGCUAGUAACUUUAGUAACUUCAGGUUUUUCUGUCAUGUGACCACUAGCAAUUAUGAACCACACUUUUGUGAUCAUCAUAAAUAGGGCUUAGAUGGUGCUGUCAGUAGUAUUUGCUCACUAAUUUAAUGAGCUCAUUUAAAAUCCUUUUUAGGUUCUAAUUUAUUAUUUUGGAACAUUUCCAUGAUAUUGUUCUGGAAGUCAUUUAAGUUAUUCAACCAGUUUAAUAAAUCACUUGAAUGAUGUAGUUUUGUUUGUCUAUGAUGUCAAGCUUGUUAUCUCUAGUCCAGUGCCGACUUCAGUCUAUUAGCAGAAUUUUUGACAGUGUUUGUACCUUAAAAGGUUUGCAUUUUUGCACAUAUACCUAAAAUGUCUGCUGUGCACCAAUAGUCAGUGCAUUUGCAUUAUAUUACAGUACAGGAUUUCAGAGAUUUCUAACUGGAUUUAAUGGCCAGCACAUAGGAGGUGUACCUCAGAAUUGAAGGUAAUCUCCUGGCGGAGAUAUAUUUCUGGUUUUAUUAUGGAUUGUGAUCAUUUAUCUAAAUAGGUUGAUUUAAUUUCACACUGCAGAACUGUUUUGAAUGGACUUUCAUUUCUUGAAUAAACCUGAAACUGUCAAUCUGUGUCUUUUCAUUUCUGUAAUGAGGUUUCUACUUGGUUACAUUUGGACAAAUAGAACAGCAUGAGCUCAUGCCAUCCGGUAGAAACAUUUUGUGAAGUUUUAUUCAUCAAAAAUGCAACUGCAACAUGUAUCAAAAGGUUAUACGGCAAAGCCUUUACAAAAUGGCUUGACACAUAGGUCGUCUCCCCAAAAUGGCUGUUACAACAAACUGUAAACAGUUUUUUUUUCUUAAAUCAACAGUCUUACAGCACUUACAACAAAAAUACAAAUCACCUAAAAUAAAGCACCUCUUCUCUUUCCAAAUAUCAAGAGAAGCACAAAAAAACAAAAACAACUGUCCGUUCUGUACAGAAUCCAAAA